AUGAUUGUUGUUAUGCACCAGACCAUGGUCACUGUCAAUAUUCUAAAAUGGGUGGUUUUCACAUUAUUUCCUGUAGUCACCACGGUACCUAUUCCCCCUUUUGCCCCCCGCCCACUCUGUAAUUUCCAGUUGGCCCUUGCAAAUCAAGCCUGUUCAUAUCUGCCAUCAUCACAAAUAUCUACUUCACCUCCCUCCCCUUUUGCCCCUGUUCGUACACCUCCACCACCUCCACCUGAUCAUAGUCUCAGCCGCAAACGUAGAUACACACAUAGAUAUGGUCAUGUACACGGUCACGGUCACGGUCACGAUAAUGAUCAUGGUCAUGGCCGUGGUCAUGAUCAUGAUCGUGGUCAUGGUCGUGGUCCUGAUCAUGGUCAUGGAAAUGAAAGCGGGCACAAUCAAACUUUUGGCCAUGGUCAAGGACAUGAACACGGGCAAAAUCGGAGUCAAGUGCACAAGCAUGAUCAUGAUGACCAUCACAAGCAUAAGCAUGGUCAUAGACAUAGAAUGUCACCUGUAGAACAGCAAUGCUGUAAGUGGUUAGCUCAGGUAGAUGACGAAUGUGUAUGUGAACUGCUUGGGCACUUGCCACCUUUUCUUAUUAGACCUGUUCAUGAAUACACAGUUAGAGUUGUUGACGCUUGCAAUAACACAUACACUUGCGGAGCACAAUUUAGGAUCUAA